ACAUUUUGCACCUAUUUAUAUAGUAUCUUAUUUAACUGUUCCACACUAUGUGGAUUUACAUUCAUGAAAAUGAAAUGUGUAACUGUCCCUACAUUUCAACACUUGCAUUUAUAGGAAGUGAACUUAACUGGCAGACUGAGAGAACAUUGUGCAAAGAGCAGCCUCAGCAAAGACAGAUGAUAAACAACACAGUUCUGUGGGAUCUGGCAUCAGUCUAUAUCCUGCAAACGAAGUGCUUUCUCCCCUCCUGAAUGAAAAAAACAAAAAAUCUCUGACUUUCAUUUCCCCAUUUCAUAUUCCCACCCACAGCGUUCCUUUCCUAUUAUCUUUCACACUCUUAGCUUGAAACACUGAAGCAAGUGUGGUUACAAUGGAGGACACUGGAUCAACAGCUAAAGCAAAAACAACAGCAGAGGAUGGAAACCAGCAGAUAAGUGACAAGCUGCUGAAGUCCACUAAACCUCUGCAUCGGUUUGUCCGGAAUGAACCCAGAAGCCUUGGGAUUGUCGUUUUGAUUUUUGGAUGUGCAGAGAUCCUGAUGGGGUUUCAGCUUCACAUGGCCAGUGAACGUACAAGAACUUCCCUUCAAAUAUAUAUUCCCUUCUGGCAAGGAGUUCUGUUUGUUGUCUGUGGAAACCUGUCUAUUUACACUGGACUACAUCCAUCCAAGAAGAUGAUGACAGUGUCUUUGUCCAUGUAUGUGGUUUCCGUCUUGGGAAUCUUAGUUUCUUGCAUCUUCAGAAUACAUUGUCUGAGUUAUUUCAGGUUCAUAAGGUACUGGUCCCACCAUGAAGAGUGGGCCACUAUGAGAAUGAAUUUGCUGUAUGGUAUUGAAGGCAUGCUGCUCACUUCAUCCCUGUGUGCAUUAGUGCUUCUCAUCUUCUUGAUUGUUGUUGCACGCAUGGCUCUGAAAUCUACAAAUGAAAAUGUACAGGUUAUUGUCCUGCAGGGCCUGCCACCAGGGAUUCCCACAGCAGCAAACUAGGAUGUGUGACUGCACUAAUCUUAAAAAGACCGUAAACCAGAAAUAUAUUGCUAUUUCUAAUACAUUUGAUGGACAUUUUAACCACUAAUCUCUGAUAAUGCUGAUGCGUACUUGUGGUAUUUACUGAUUAUGUUUCACAAUUUACAUUGUAAAAAAUCUAAUUCAAGCCUUGAAUGUGUGUUGUACAUUGAUGUUAGUUAAUACUGGUAGGCAGACACAACAGAUACUUCCACUGAGUCGUCCACUUGUCUGAUCAUUAUCGGCUUUAAUAUGUACAAUGCAGAGAACAGACUGAUUUAUGUUUGUGCAGCUUUUCUUCAUCUGUGUGAUUUUCUAUUAAAUAUGCUGUGUUCCAGUUGGAAGUGA